UAUUAGGGUGUUUCACCAAUUGGGUAGCGAGAGGGGCGGGUCCGCGCAGGCGCAGUACGGAGCCGGUUGCUGACAGGGCCGCUCGCCGCAGGUAUCGGGCCUGGCGUGAGACUUGGAUCCGGACUCGGCGUUUCCCUGCCCCGCACGCACCGGCCUUCAGCCCCGCGCGCGUCGCCGCCAUGUUCCUCACCCGCUCCGAAUACGACAGGGGUGUGAAUACCUUUUCUCCAGAGGGGCGGUUGUUCCAGGUGGAAUAUGCAAUUGAGGCUAUCAAGCUUGGCUCCACAGCCAUUGGGAUUCAGACAUCAGAAGGUGUUUGCCUGGCAGUGGAGAAGAGAAUCACCUCCUCGCUUAUGGAACCCAGCAGUAUUGAGAAAAUCGUAGAAAUAGAUUCUCAUAUAGGCUGUGCCAUGAGCGGACUAAUAGCUGAUGCAAAGACUUUAAUUGAUAAAGCAAGAGUGGAGACACAGAAUCACUGGUUUACAUACAAUGAAAUCAUGACAGUAGAGAGUGUGACGCAGGCCGUAUCCAACCUAGCCCUGCAGUUUGGAGAGGAGGAUGCUGAUCCUGGUGCUAUGUCUCGUCCAUUUGGUGUAGCACUGUUGUUUGGAGGAGUCGAUGAAAAAGGACCCCAACUGUUUCACAUGGACCCUUCUGGGACAUUUGUGCAGUGCGAUGCCAAAGCAAUUGGAUCUGCCUCGGAAGGUGCACAGAGCUCCCUGCAAGAGGUUUAUCACAAGUCAAUGACACUGAAAGAAGCAAUCAAGUCAUCCCUUGUCAUCCUAAAGCAAGUUAUGGAGGAGAAACUGAAUGCAACUAACAUUGAGCUUGCAACGGUGGAGCCCGGAAUGAAGUUUCACAUGUAUACGAAAGAAGAGCUUGAAGAAGUCAUCAAGGAUAUCUGAAAAACACAGGGCUUGAGAGAGAGACUCCCUCAAAAGCCUCAUUCCCUGGUCUAAGUGAACUGAAAGAAGUCAGUUCGCUUUGAGUGCCCGUGAUUUUAUUUCCAGCAGCGUUAUGUGCUUGCUCUUUGUAGAAGGCUCUAAUGGUUUUUUUUACAGGUUCUGUACAUAAACAAUCUACAAUAAGAAAAUGAGAAUAAAUCCUUUUGUUACUCUA